GCACCGUUUAUGACGAGUCAAGACUGGGCACGGAUUGGCAGUACGGCCAAGAGGGCUGCCAGCCGCGUCAGCUGCACCCUGCGCGCCACAAUAAUCGGAGGAUAUCGCGUCGAGCACGGAGUUGAGGUCAUCAAGGCCGCAUUCAUUGCGAUGGUUGCUGCCCGGGUCUGCCGAAGGUGUACGAUGGUAGUACGCUGACGCGACGCUUCGGCAGGUUGCAGCUACACGGGGCAGCCGAAUGGUUUGCGUGCUUUAUCCCAGUGCUCGCUGGAUGGAUAACCUUCAAGACACGGAAGAUUAGAGAGUAAAUUUGGGACAAGCAGACAGACGAUACACCUCACGAGCAGUAAGCGCUAGUAGGCAG